GGAUACACAAGUGUGUACAUGGAGCUCAGCUGGGUCCGAUCAAACGCGAGGUGAAAACAGCUGAUCCUGGCGAUAAUUUGCCUAUUAGCCUACUGUUACACAAUUAUCUUGCUUGAUAACAGUUGGAAGGCGCACAAUGUCUUACGACUCAAGUCAUGGAUUUUGCUUCCUGCCAGGAUACACAAGUCGGGACGUAACGAAGGCUGCUUUCCAUAAACCUCAAACGUUGGGGUUCAAGAACGGCUACGGAGUACCUCAGCGUCCAAAGGUUGGCAUCGGACAAGAAACAUUGCUAUCAAAUCAGCUGAGUUUGAACGAGUCAAAGCAGAUCCCCAAUGAAGAUCCCAUAUUGUACUACGGCAGCUCAGCCAAGAAUCGCCCACUGGACUUCGUUCCUGCACGUGUCAUAUAUGACAAAAAGGUGCUGCGCUUCUUCGGCUACUUCCAGCAGACGGUGCUGUUCUCCCCCGAGGAGGAGUACCGUGUGCGGCCCGUGGUGCUCUACUACUACCUGGAGGACGACAGCAUCGGCCUGUUCGAGCCGCCCGUGGAGAACUCGGGCAUGCCGCAGGGCAAGCUCAUCAAGCGCCAGCGCCUGCCCAAGAACGACCGCGGCGAGCACUACCACUGGAAGGACCUGAACGUGGCCAUGGACCUGUGCGUGUACGGCGUCAAGUACCGCGUCACGCACUGCGACCGCUACACACAGGAGUUCAUGGAAAGCCAAGGAGUGGUUCUGAAUGAGCCGGAGCAGAUCCCGGCGGACCCCUAUGCCCAACACCGCAACAAGUUGGAGCCCCAGAUCGCCUACACCACGCCCUCAGAGUUCGACCGCCUCAAGCAGUUCAUCACCAUGGACCGCAAGGUGCUGCGCUUCUUUGGGCUUUGGGACAGCUCGGACCGGCUGUACGGGGACACGCUGCCGGUGAUCAUCCAGUACUACCUGGUGGACGACUCGGUGGAGAUACGAGAGGUGCACGAGGCCAACAGUGGCCGCGACCCAUUCCCCGUGCUGAUGAGGAGGCAGAGAGUCCACAAGACCAUCAAGCCUGGCUGCGAGCCCUUCCCCAGCUGUGUGCUGGAGGUGUCUCCGCAGGAGGUGCAUGAGUUCUACAUGCCGCGGGACUUUGUGGUCGGAGAGACGCUGACGCUCAUGGGCAGGAACUUCCUGCUGUACAACUGCGACGACUUCACCCGCGAGUACUACCAGCAGAACCACCCAGACGUGCCAUUCAAAACCGCCCAGGCGGACAGGAAACUACCCACCCAGACCCAGAGGGAGACCCAGAAGGUGGUUCCGCCCUACAAUGGCUGGGGUACUCUGGAGGAUUCUCUGCAGAACUGCCUGCAUCUGAUCCCCGGGCCGCCCAAGAAAGACCUGAUGAAGCUGCUGGAGAACGAGAACAAGGUGCUGCGCUACUCAGUCCGACUGGACUCCCAGAACCCUCAGGAUGCGGGCCGGCGCUUCGUGAUGGCGUACUACCUGUGCAACGACAUGGUGAGCAUCUGGGAGAUCCCUACGCGCAACUCGGGCAUCAUUGGCGGCAAGUUCCUGAAGGGGACCCGCAUCCCCAAGCCGGCCAGCAGCGUCGAGCAGCCCCAGUACUACGCGCCCGCAGACUUCGCCAUUGGCUCCACCGUGGAUGUGUUCAAGCACCGCUUCGUGAUAACGGACGCGGAUCACUACGUGCUGAAGUACCUGGAGUCCCAGUCGGAGAAUAUCCCCACGCACACCCUGAGCUCCGUACGCCAGAGGCUGCUGGGGGAGGGGGCGGCCGGGGGCCCCCCUGGCACCCAGGACCAGCUGUUGGCACUGCCACCAGUUUCAGCGGCUGGGGCUGAGAUCCUAGGAGUGCAGGAGUAAUGAUGGACGUCCCCUCAUCUCAUCUCACCUCAUCUCUACCUCCACCUUCACCUGACCCCAUCACUAUCCUUUACCCCUCACCCUCCUGGAGCAGUAUUUCCAUACAGAUACAGAUGACUAGCUUUACACCCACUGAAUAAAUUUCAUUGUCCAGCA